UUAGUAGUAAAUAGUUUAUCCGAACGCUCUUCGAAAUUGCAUGGUAUGGUAAUUGCAUUAUAAUAAAUUGUUUUUCUGUCUCUUGUCAUAGAAGCAAGUUUUAAAUUCGGAUUAUUUUCAGAAAACAUGACUGAGAUGAGCGAUGACGAGGGAAUUUUAAACCCAGAUGAUUUAAAAGGAACAUCGAAGGACCCGGAAUUAACAUUCCUACCGGAGAAAUCUCGAGAGAUAUAUUUUAGAGCGUACGAUAACUUCAAUAAAUGGCGGGUUGAAAAUGAUGUAAAGACUUUGACGGAAACUGUACUAUUAUCGUAUUUCAUGUAUUUGUCUCAGACGAAGCAACCACCGACAAUGUGGAGUAUUUACUCCAUGCUGAAGGCCACGAUGAAAAUCAAGGAUGACGUGCAUAUUGAGAACUAUUCAGAACUCAUAACGUUUUUGAAAGGAAUGCAAGUGGGACACAACCCUAAAAAGUCUAAAAUGUUUACAUCCUCUGACAUAGAUAAGUUUAUUAAUGAAGCCCCGGACAUAAUAUAUCUCGGCGCAAAAGUCAUUCUCAUAAUCGGAAUAAACGGAGGAUGCCGUACGAAUGAACUCAUGAGCCUUACCGUCGAUGGCGUCGAGAAACAUUCAGACACCCUGCUAUUAAUAAAACUGCCAAACUCAAAGACGAGUACUAACAGAUCCUUUGUCGUUCGUGAGGAGUAUGUGAAGAUAGUCGAGCAGUAUCAAUCUUUACGUCCGCCCAAUACAAAGACGGAUCGAUUUUUCUUGCAAUAUCAUAAGGGCAAGUGCUCAAGACAGCCUAUGGGUGUCAAUAAGAUAGGCGGGACACCGAAGGACAUCGCAACGUAUUUAAAACUCCCAGACCCUCAAGAUUACACUGGGCAUUGUUUCAGACGAACAUCGACUUCGCUUUUGGCGGAUUCGGGAGCUGACCUCAGCUCUUUAAAACGCCAUGGCGAUACCCGACCGGGUACAUCUAGAGAGACAAACGCUGAAAGUCAACCUAAGCCAAAAAUCUGGGUCUGUAUUGACCCCCCAGAAACUUAAGUGCCGAUCAUGUUCACGGAUAAAGGAUGAACGUAGCAUCAUCACUGAUGUUGUAGGGUUGAAGUUGACGAUGUCAUUUUAAAUGACUGACGGAUUGAACGGUGCUUCCGUUCUGUCGUUUUCGUCAUAAUUAUCUUCAUGUUUUUUUUUAAAUGGCAAUCGGUUCUACUCCCCGUAAGAUUCAAAUAAUUCGAAUAAACCAGGUAUCUAUUAGAAUAGAGGUCAAAUCGAAUUGCCGUUUUUUUGCAGAGAUGUUCCAAAUUUGAAUGUCAUUACCAAAUCGAUUUUGAUGUAGUUAUGAAGCAAUAACAACAUUUUUACAGAUAAGAAAUUUUUGUAAUAAAACUGUUUAUCGUAAUGUUGGCAUCAUAGAAGGUUUAUGAUAUGUGUGUAGAUAAAAUAUGUUACAAUUUUACGAUACUGAACUCGAAUAUCUUCACAAAAAUGUUACAAAAAAUUGCAAAUUUCACUUUUAUAGAUUAAUUUCGUGUUGCUGAACGUAUUUAUCGAACAAAUAUUACAAUAAUAAUAUGUUGACUCGACGAUCAUUGUUCCGAUAGUCUUGUCCGCGAACGGUCCCACAGCGAUGAGUCUCGACCAAUACCUGGAGGGGCUCUCCCUGGGUGACUGGAUCAAGGGUUAUGAGAUGCAGAAGGCAAUCUUGGACGCGGCGCGUAAUAAGUCCGUCGUCGGUUCUUCACUCUGCGGCCCUGACCACCGGCAGCUUGGGGCUGGCUCCGCUGCUGGUGGUCCCCUAGAUUAGGAUUUUAUAUGUAUUUUGUAUUGUUUUUGUAUGUGUUCUUAUAUUUUUCAUUUAUAGCCAUAAAUAUUGUGAAAAACCUUAACCUAAGAUGAAAGAUAAAUAAAGUAAAUAAUAAGAUAUGUCAUAAGUAGAAUAGGUAGUAGAAUAUUACAUUUAGGGUCUGUUUCACAAAGUCCGAGUAAAGUAUCGGGUAGCUAAUUAACAAAUAAAUUAACUGACAGAUAAAACUUCCCGCAAAACUUAGUACUUUAUUUACUAGUUAAGCUUUUUUGAAGAUUGCGCAACGUCAACGAUGAUGACGAAUAACGUCACAUAUUUAAGUGACAAGUAGCUUAUUCAGGACUUUACUUCGACAUUGUGCAACAGACCCUUUACACAACAAAAUUACUGACUUGAAUUUAUAUAAUAUUUUCGCAAAUGAUAAUUAUGUAAGCUGAUGUUAGAAGAUUUUUACCAGUUGAUUUUGUCUAACGUUUGAACUUUAGUCAAUUAAACCGGUAUAAUAAAAUAACCAGUAGGUUACAAUAUAUUGCCGAUUAUAUUCUGUCGAUACGCUUUCGAUUAUAAUCUUAUAAAAAAAUUAUGAUGUAUGUUUUGUAUCGAUGGUAGUUUUUCGUAUUUAGAUUUUCAUCGCAGAUUUCGUUUUAAGCAGAUUAACAUUAAGUUGUAGUCCUAAGUACAGUAGGGGCUGUUGGGUAAUUAAUUCUGGAAAUGAUUGCUUUUUAAUAAAAGUGUGUAGUUUUUACAGUAACACUGGUAUUGAUAAAGUAGUAUAGUACAAAUAAGAAAUUUUAAUAUAAUAUUGAUAAACGAAUAGAUAACUCUAACUAGUUAUAAAAUACGAAGUCUGUAUUAACAGAA